AUGCUGGCCCCUUGCGGAGCCACCUUCCUCCUGCUGCACCUGGUCCUGCAGCCGUGGCUGGGGGCCGAUGCCCAGGCCACCCCCCAGGUCUUUGACCUAAUCGCAUCCUCUAGUCAAAGGCUGAACCCAGGUGUCCUGCAACCAAUCCUGACAGACCCCACCUUGAGUGAGCUCUAUGUGAUCUCUACCUUCAAGCUGCAGACGAAAGGCUCAGCCACCAUCUUCAGCCUUCACUCUUCAACUGACAACAGCAAAUAUUUUGAAUUUACUGUGAUGGGACGCUUAAACAAAGCCAUCCUCCGUUACCUGAAGAAUGAUGGGAAGAUCCAUUUGGUGGUUUUCAACAACCUGCAGCUGGCUGAUGGGCGGCGGCACAGUAUCCUCCUGAGACUAACCAAUUUGCACCGAGGGUCUGGCUCCAUAGAGCUCUACCUGGACUGUAUCCAAGUGGACUCCAUUCACCAUCUCCCCAGAGCCUUUUCUGGCCUCUCCCAGAGUCCUGAGUCCAUUGAAUUGAGGACUUUCCAGAGGAGGGCACAGGAUUUCUUGGAAGAGCUGAAGCUGGUGGUGCACGGCUCGCUGUUCCAGGUGGCCAACCUGCAAGACUGCUUCCUGCAGCAGAGUGAGCCUCUGGCCACCACAAGCACAGGGGGCUUUAAUCAGCAGUUCAUGGAUCAAAUGACACAACUAAACCAGCUACUGGGAGAGGUGAAGGAUCUUCUGAGACAGCAGGUCAAGGAAACAACAUUUUUGCGAAACACCAUAGCUGAAUGCCAGGCUUGUGGUCCUUCCGGAUUACAGAAUCCAACACCAAACACACUGGUGCCUCCAGCACCCCAAGCACCCCCAACACGCCCAACACGCCCAAGACGCCAGUGUGACUCCAACCCAUGUUUCCGAGGCGUCCAAUGUACUGACACCAGAGAUGGCUUUCAGUGUGGGCCCUGUCCUGAGGGCCACACAGGAAACGGGAUCACCUGCUCUGACAUCGAUGAGUGCAAAUACCAUCCCUGUUACCUGGGCGUGCGCUGCGUGAACUUGGCUCCUGGCUUCAGAUGUGACGCCUGCCCGGUGGGCUUCACAGGGCCCAUGGUGCAGGGGGUAGGGAUCAAUUUUGCCAAGUCAAACAAGCAGGUCUGCACUGACAUUGAUGAGUGUCGAAAUGGAGCAUGCGUUCUCAACUCUGUCUGUACUAACACCUUGGGAUCUUAUCGCUGCGGGCCUUGUAAACCAGGGUACACUGGUGAUCAGACAAGGGGAUGCAAAGUUGAAGGCAACUGCAGAAAUCCAGAAAAGAAUCCUUGCAGUGUGAACGCGCAGUGCAUCGAACAGAAACAAGGGGACGUGACGUGUGUGUGUGCAGUUGGUUGGGCUGGUGAUGGCUAUGUCUGUGGAAAGGAUGUGGACAUCGACAGCUACCCCGACGAAGAACUAUCAUGCUCUGCCAGGAACUGCAAGAAGGACAACUGCAAGUAUGUGCCCAAUUCUGGCCAAGAAGAUGCAGACAAAGAUGGCAUUGGGGAUGCUUGUGAUGAUGAUGCUGAUGGAGAUGGGAUCCCGAAUGAGCAGGAUAACUGUGUCCUGAUUCACAAUGUGGACCAAAGGAACAGUGAUAAAGAUACCUUUGGGGACGCCUGUGAUAACUGCAAGACUGUCUUAAACAAUGACCAGAAAGACACUGAUGGGGAUGGAAAAGGAGAUGCCUGUGAUGAUGACAUGGACGGAGAUGGAAUAAAAAACAUUUUGGACAACUGCCCAAAAGUUUCUAAUAGCAACCAACAGGACAAGGAUGGUGAUGGUGUGGGGGAUGCCUGUGACAGCUGUCCUGAUGUCAGCAACCCUAACCAGUCUGAUGUGGACAACGAUCUGGUUGGGGACUCCUGUGACACCAAUCAGGAGAGUGAUGGAGAUGGGCACCAGGACAGCACAGACAACUGCCCCACCGUCAUUAACAGUGCCCAGCUGGACACCGAUAAGGAUGGAAUUGGUGAUGAGUGUGACGACGACGACGACAAUGAUGGCAUCCCAGACCUGCUGCCCCCUGGACCGGACAACUGCCGGCUAGUGCCCAACCCAGCUCAGGAGGAUAGCAACAGUGACGGGGUGGGAGACAUCUGUGAGACUGACUUUGACCAAGACCAGGUCAUUGAUCGGAUUGAUGUCUGCCCGGAGAAUGCGGAGGUCACCCUGACUGACUUCAGGGCCUACCAGACCGUGGUCCUGGAUCCUGAAGGGGAUGCCCAGAUCGAUCCCAACUGGGUGGUCCUGAACCAGGGCAUGGAGAUUGUGCAGACCAUGAACAGUGAUCCUGGCUUGGCAGUGGGGUACACAGCUUUUAAUGGAGUUGACUUCGAAGGCACCUUCCAUGUAAAUACCCAGACAGACGAUGACUAUGCAGGAUUUAUCUUUGGUUAUCAAGACAGCUCCAGCUUCUACGUGGUCAUGUGGAAGCAGACGGAGCAGACGUACUGGCAGGCCACGCCAUUCCGAGCUGUUGCAGAACCUGGCAUUCAACUCAAGGCUGUGAAGUCUAAGACAGGUCCAGGGGAGCAUCUCCGGAACUCCCUGUGGCACACGGGGGACACCAGCGACCAGGUCAGGCUGCUGUGGAAGGACUCCAGGAACGUGGGCUGGAAGGACAAGGUGUCCUACCGCUGGUUCCUGCAGCACAGGCCCCAGGUGGGCUACAUCAGGGUGCGAUUUUAUGAAGGCUCUGAACUGGUGGCCGACUCUGGAGUCACCAUAGACACCACUAUGCGUGGAGGCCGACUUGGAGUUUUCUGCUUCUCUCAAGAAAACAUCAUCUGGUCCAACCUCAAGUAUCGCUGCAACGACACCAUCCCAGAGGACUUCCAAGAGUUUCAAACCCAGAAUUUCGAUCGCUCGGAUAAUUAAGACGAUGAAGCAAUCCUUAAGUGCUUUUCCAAACACUAAAACCAUAUAAUUUUAAACUUCCUACAAUUUUCUUUAUAUACACUGUGGCUUUCUUUUACUAGCCCAAAUAUAUCAAAACUUUUUAUAUGAAUGUGGCAAUAAAGGAGAAGAGAUUAUUUCUAAAAA